CAACAUCCAACGGCUUGCUACAAAAUUACUAGAACCUUCUCAUCAUCCAACCUUCCCUUUAUAUCUCUGCGCUACAUUACUCUACCAGUUUGUGGUUAGCUCGUGCCUGCCUUGUGCUGGGGGUUUAAUUCACUCAUUGCCAGUUUCUUUGAGCUCAGAAUCGCUGAAGGAAAAAUGACGAAGAACUACCCAAAAGUUAGUGAAGAGUACCAGAAGGCCGUCGAUAAGGCCAAGAAGAAGCUCAGAGGUUUCAUUGCCGAGAAGGGCUGCGCUCCUCUUAUGCUCCGUAUCGCGUAUGUUGUAUCUAGAUGGCACUCAGCUGGAACCUAUGACGUUAAGACCAAGACUGGAGGCCCAUUUGGAACCAUGAGACACGCAGCGGAACAGGGCCAUGCUGCUAACAAUGGGCUUGAUAUUGCUGUUAGACUCCUUGAGCCCAUCAAACAGCAGUUCCCUAUCCUCGCCUAUGCCGACUUCUAUCAGCUCGCUGGUGUCGUUGCCAUUGAGAUCACUGGUGGGCCUGAGGUCCCAUUCCACCCUGGAAGAGAGGACAAGCCUGAGCCACCUCCAGAAGGUCGUCUGCCUGACGCUACCAAGGGUUCUGAUCACUUGAGGGAUGUGUUUGGCAAAACAAUGGGUCUCAGUGACCAGGAUAUUGUUGCUCUCUCUGGUGCCCACACCCUGGGAAGGUGCCACAAGGAACGCUCUGGUUUCGAAGGUCCCUGGACCAGCAACCCAUUAAUCUUUGACAACUCCUACUUCAAGGAGCUCUUGAGUGGAGAGAAGGAAGGCCUUCUACAAUUGCCAUCUGACAAAGCUCUCGUUGUUGAUCCUGUCUUCCGCAAAUAUGUUGAAAAAUAUGCUGCUGAUGAAGAAGCAUUCUUUGCUGAUUAUGCUGAGGCCCAUGUGAGGCUCUCUGAGCUGGGAUUUGCGGAGGCCUAAGCCCAUGGAUGUAGAGGAAGGUGCCGACAACCUGCAUGCCAUUUCAGUGUUUAUGUUCAUUAAUGGGGAAAAUUAUGUGUCUUUCAUUAAUGGGGUAAACUUUGUUUUAGGCAGUGGUUUGGUUAUGGAGGAAAGCGUAGUCGUAGCUUCUUUUGUUGGCAUAUGAAUGAUGGAUUGGAAGUUGAAUUAGAAUACUUGGUACUCUUCCUUUAUGAUUAAAUAAAUAUAAGAUGAUGAAACUAUGCAAGUAAA